UGUUUAUAAAGCAAGACAGCUUUCUUUAGAAUCAGGUUUUCCGGGAAGCGCUCUCUCUCUCUCUCUCAACAGAUUCCAUCGCCACCGUGAUCCCUCCCCCCCUGAUUCCCGCUUCCCCUUUCCACUUUUCCCAGUUUUCUUAUUUCCCUUUUUCUAUUCCGGCGGACUCAUUCUCUAUCUUAAAUCUUCUUCUUCCUUCUUCUUCUUCUCUUUCUCUUUUCCUAAAAAGUUGAAGCUAAUUUCUUACAGGGUUUGGCCAGUGGUCAAAACUAGUGGUGAAUUUGAUUUUGAAGGGAAACUUCAUUCCUCAUUCCUGUUUGCUCCUUGUUGCUUUUGCAAUCAAUGUGUGUUUGGUUGGGCCAACUUCCUUCCAUAACCCGUCACAAUAAGUCAUGAUUGCUGAGGGAGAAAACUUCUGAUUACUUUUUUCUUUUUGCAUUUCCCUAUUUUGAAAAUGAAAGCUCCGUCGAAUGGAUAUCAACCCAGUUCCGGCGAAGGUGCAAGAAAGUUGAUGAAUUCAGAGUUAUGGCACGCGUGUGCUGGCCCUUUAGUCUCUUUACCUCCAAUCGGAAGCCUCGUGGUCUAUUUUCCACAAGGCCACAGCGAGCAAGUUGCAGCAUCCAUGAAGAAAGAUACAGAAAACAUCCCAAGUUACCCCAAUCUUCCAUCCAAACUCAUCUGCAUGCUUCAUAAUGUCGCAUUACAUGCUGAUGCCGAAACUGAUGAAGUCUAUGCACAAAUGACUCUUCAACCUGUAAACAAAUAUGAUCAAGAAGCAUUACUUAUGUCUGAAAUGGGUUUGAAGCAAAACAAACAGCCAGCUGAGUUCUUUUGUAAAACUCUUACAGCUAGUGACACAAGCACCCAUGGUGGAUUUUCUGUCCCUCGUAGAGCUGCUGAAAAGAUUUUUCCACCUCUCGAUUUUUCAAUGCAACCUNUUGUAGCCAGAGAUUUACAUGAUCAAUCAUGGACUUUCAGACAUAUUUAUCGAGGUCAACCAAAGCGACACCUGUUGACCACUGGUUGGAGUAUCUUUGUUAGCUCUAAACGACUCUCUGCUGGCGAUGCUGUUCUCUUUAUACGGGAUGAAAAAUCACAGCUUCUAUUGGGAAUCAGACGAGCUAACAGACAGCAGCCAGCUCUUACAUCAUCGGUUAUUUCCAGUGACAGUAUGCACAUUGGAAUUCUUGCUGCUGCUGCUCAUGCUGCUACAAACAACAGACUAUUUACAAUUUUUUUUAAUCCUAGGGCGAGUCCUGCUGAGUUUGUGAUUCCUCUAGCUAAGUACAACAAAGCUAUGUAUACUCAAGUUUCAUUAGGGAUGCGAUUCAGAAUGAUGUUUGAGACGGAGGAAUCAGGUGUACGGAGGUACAUGGGAACUGUCACGGGUAUCAGUGAUUUGGAUUCCACGCGUUGGAAGAGUUCACAAUGGCGCAAUCUUCAGGUUGGAUGGGAUGAAUCAACGGCUGGUGAACGUCCAAGUCGUGUGUCAGUCUGGGAAAUUGAACCCGUUGUGACUCCGUUUUAUAUAUGUCCGCCUCCGUUCUUCAGACAAAAGUUUGCUAGACAAUCGGGAAUGCCAGAAGAUGAGAGUGACAUUGAAAAUGCUUAUAAGAGAGGAAUGCCAUGGCUUGAUGAUUUUGGAAUGAAGGAGGCCUCGAGUUCCAUUUUCCCUGGGUUGAGUUUAGUGCAAUGGAUGAGUAUGCAACAAAAUCAUGGCAUUUCAUCUAUGCAACCGGGUGUCUUCCCUCCUAAUGCUUUGAAUAGCAAUGAAGAUCCGUCUAAAUUGUUGAGCUUUCAAUCCCCUAAUCUCAUUGUUCCAAGUUCCCAGAUGAACAAACAAAACCAAAGUCAAACAAAUCAACUACAUCAACCAUCUCUUCAAUGGACCCAACAACAACAACAACAUCUACAACAUAUGUUACAACAACAACAACCACAACAAAUGCAACAACAACACAUGUUGAACCUUCAACAACAGAGCUCUGUGUACUCUCAGCUACAACAACAACAACAACAUCAACAACAACAACAACUUCAGCAACAACAACAACAACAGCAACAACAACAACAACAACAACAACAACAACAACCACCACCUUCAUCCGUAUCCCAAGAGUCACAAUUUCAGCAUCAACAUGCACAAUUACAACAAGCCCCGUUUCAUAUGUUACAACAUAGCCUGUCACCAAGACAGCCAGUGCAACAUGCGCCACCUCAGCAAAGCCACUCUGAGCAACAACUAUUGCAAAAGGUUCAACAACAACAACAACAACAACAACAUCAACAACAUCAACAUCAACAACAACAACAAAUGCAAUAUUUGUUAUCAUCAGUAACUCGAACAGAGCCUCAAACUCAUUUUCCUAUACAACAACAACAACCCAAACAACAAACUUUACCACAACAACAGCUUAGUGGUAACAGCUUUUCAACAUCAACUCUCCUUCAAUCACAAUCUUUCCCUGUAAACCAACUCCAAAGUCAAAGUCAAAGUCAACCGAGACAACUAAUGCCAAUAAGAGUUCAUUCUGGGAUCACAGAUGGAGACACUCCUUCGUGUUCCACUUCACCUUCCACAAACAACUGUCAGCUAACUCCUCCAUCAAGCUUCUUAAACAAGAACCAGUUAACUCCAUCCACCUUUGUCAAUGAUUCCAUGGUUGUUUCUCAUCAUCUUCAGAAUCAAAAUAAAUGUAACAUUAGAGUGAAAGAGGAGUUACAGUUACCCGAUGUGAAACUACCAGAGCCACCUAAAUACAAAGAACAAAUGGAACCUUCUACGUCUGUCACAUCAUACUGUUUGGAUACAGGUGGCCUUCAAAACAACUUCUCAAUUCCAAACUUUUGUGUAGAUGGUGACACCAUUCAACCACAAACAAGGAGUAAUAAUAAUUUAAUGGGUAAUAUCGAUAGUUUGCCACCUGAUGCUUUGUUGUCAAGAGGUUUUGAUUCUCAAAACUUACUUUCAAGCUUAUGUGGUGGCCCUAGAGACAUUGAGACUGAGUUGUCAAGUGCUGAUAUUAAUCCACAGUCGUUUGGGAUGCAAGAUAUGUCUUUUAAACCUGGUUGUUCAAAUGACGUUUCUACCCGUAUUCAGAAAAAUGAUGUUGCUGUUAAUGAUUCGGGUGUUUUGGGAAAUGGGUUGUGGGCUAAUCAAACUCAACGUGUUCGAACAUACACAAAGGUGCAAAAACGUGGGUCUGUAGGAAGAACUAUUGACGUGACACGUUAUAAAGGGUAUGAAGAGCUUAGACAUGAUCUAGCACGCAUGUUUGGAAUUGAAGGUCAAUUAGAAGAUACACAAAGGACUGAUUGGAAACUUGUUUAUGUUGAUCACGAGAAUGAUAUAUUGCUUGUUGGUGAUGACCCAUGGGAAGAAUUUGUGAGCUGUGUUCAAAGCAUAAAGAUACUGUCGUAUUCUGAAGUACAACAGAUGAGUUUAGAUGGGGAUUUGGGUAACAUGCCAGUCCCUAAUCAAGCUUCUAGCGGGACUGACAGUGGGAAUCCAUGGAAAGGGCAAUAUGAAGAUAACUCAGCUGCAUCUUUCAACAGGUGAAUGCUUCAUGAGGUGUGAGGGCAAAUCAGUCUUUUUAGAUUCUGAGGGAUCAAUGAAGAAGAACCAUAUGUUCUUGUAGGUUUUCUGAUAUAGAGUUUUCCUUGAGUAUAAUAGAGAUGUUAGGUACUUUGUAAAUGUGUUAACAGCAGGGUGCCAACAGGCGAAUAGAUUAUGAUGUUAAUAGGUGGUGAAUUGGAUAGUGGAGAUUAGGAGAUUACUGUAUUUUGUUCUCUUAUUGCCUUUAUCUAUCACCAUGUAUAGAUAUAUAGGGUGGAAAGGUAUCAAGGUAUCUAAAUCCGAUGUGUGUUUUGCAUGAUAUAUAGUUUGAGUUCCAC